ACUUCUCAAAUCAUACAGAAAUCAUCAUGAAUUCUUUACGUGCUGUAGUCUCUCCAAGUGCUGUUUUGGUCCUGCUCUUGAUUGCGACUUGUGUCCAAUGUCAAUUGACUUUCUCUCCAGAUUGGGGUAAACGUUCGGGUGGAUCGAUGAGUGGACCACUUUUUGAAACUCAACCAGGAAAUUGUAAGACAGCCAGUGAAAUGCUUUUGGAAAUCUUCAAAUUUGUGCAGAAUCAGGCUCAAAUUUUUUUGGAUUGCAAACAUCGGGAAUAAUGUCGGAUAAUUAAUAGCUCUGGAAAAUUAAAUUAAAAAAUAAUUAAUGCCUUUCUGUGUGUAACUAAUAUAUAAGUUUAUAUAUAUAUAUUAUAAAUAAUGCUUAUAGGAAUUAUGAGAUAAUUAAAAAAAGGGUAGUCGGCACAUGUUUUAUAGGUUAUUAUAUUUACAUACUUGUAUAACACACCGUUUUCUUUUUGUUUUAAUUCUUCAAAUAUUCAAAAGAUCAUUAGAUCAUCCUUAUUGUAUAUAGCAG